AUGUUUGGCUCUAUUCUUAAUGUUCUUGAAUCACUUGUUCUUGAUGCACGAUUAUUGGAUGAAAGAGCCAAGGCAAUGGGAUAUCUUGAAGCUUGUCGAACAUAUGAGGUUGCGUUCAUGUUGCAUUUGAUGAGUGAUGUUUUAGCAAUCACAAAUGAGCUUAAUAAAUGCUUACAAAAAAAGGAGCAAGAUUUGGCAAAUGCCAUGCUACUUGUUGAAGUAGCAAAAAUAAGGUUGCAAGCGUAUAGGGAUGAAGAAUGGGAUUCUCUUAUUGCUAGGGUGUCUUUAUUUUGUAUCAAGCAUGACAUUUUGGUACCUAACUUUGAGGAGCCAUAUGUUAGCUCUUUAAGAUCACAAAGGAGACUUGGUGACAAUAAAGUCUCACAUCAUUAUCGUGUUGAGGUAUUUUGCAAUAUUAUUGAUUGGCAACUUCAAGAACUUAAAGAUCGUUUUGGCGAAGCGACGACUGAUUUGCUUCAUGGAAUUUCUUGUUUGAAUCCAAUUGACUCAUUUUCAAGUUUUGACAUCAGGAAAAUAAUGAAAAUGGCUAAAUUAUAUCCUGAUGACUUUAAUGAAUUCAAUAUAGGUUCUCUUGAGAAUCAACUUGCAAGUUACAUUAUUGAUGUUCGUGAUGUUGAUGAAAGGUUCUCCAAUCUAAAAGGGCUUUGUGAUCUUUCAAAAAAAUUAGUACAAACAAAGAAGCAUUCAAAUUAUCCUCUUGUAUUCCGCUUAGUGAAACUUGCUUUGCUUCUGCCGGUUGCCACAGCAUCCGUUGAAAGAGCCUUUUCAGCAAUGAAGUUUAUCAAGAAUGACUUGCGGAGUCAAAUGGGUGAUGAUUUUUUUAGUGGUUGUUUGGUGCCUUAUCUAGAAAAAGAUAUAUUUGAUAAUGUUUCUAAUGAUGCUGUUAUUAAGACAUUUCAAGAUAUGAAACCUCGUAGAGUACAAUUGUAA